AUGAAUAGGCACGCUGCCCUCGCGAAUGGGUAUACAGCCUACCCUCGUUCAGGCCAGGGCACCUUUUCCAUCUCCCCUCACAAAUUUCAACCGCGCUCACAACCUGCAUUGCGACGGCGAAGACAACUCAUUCAGCGCAUCUGCUUGAUCGGCGGCGUCUCAUUCUUCCUGCUUAUACUCAUCUUUCCCUCCUGGCGAGCCUCGAUCCUCCCUGCGCUAUCGCUCGGCCUUCUCUCCUCCUCAGACCACCUACAAAUACAAACCGUCCGAUACUAUGAUCUCGCGAAAGUCAAGGGCUCCGCAAGCGGCUGGGAAGAUGGCGACCGGGUGCUUAUGUGCACGCCUCUUCGAGACGCGGCCUCCCAUCUGCCGAUGUUCUUCUCGCACCUUCGAAAUCUCACGUACCCGCAUCAUCUGAUAGACCUCGCCUUUCUUGUCUCGGACUCGAAAGAUCAAACGAACGAAAUGUUGGAGAAUAUGUUGGAGGAGCUGCAGCGCGACCCGGACCGCGAUAUGCCUUUUGGAGAAAUCUCGGUCAUCAAGAAGGAUUUCGGACAACAAGUAAAACAAGAUGUGGAGAGCAGACAUGGCUUUGCGGCACAGGCUGGGCGCAGGAAGUUGAUGGCACAGGCACGGAAUUGGUUGCUCAGCGCCACGCUCCGGCCAACGCAUGGCUGGGUCUACUGGCGAGACGCAGAUGUGUUGACGGCACCAUCUACAAUUCUUGAAGAUCUCAUGCGUCACGACAAAGACGUCAUUGUGCCAAAUGUAUGGCGGCCAUUACCCGAUUGGCUCGGCGGAGAACAACCAUAUGAUCUGAAUUCGUGGCAGGAGUCGGAGACAGCUUUAGCACUUGCGGAUACACUAGACGAGGACGCCGUCAUUGUGGAGGGCUACGCCGAGUAUGCCACAUGGCGCCCUCACCUCGCCUAUCUCCGAGACCCGUACGGUGAUCCCGAUAUGGAGAUGGAACUAGACGGUGUAGGCGGUGUUAGUAUUCUUGCGAAAGCAAGGGUGUUCCGCGCCGGAGUCCAUUUCCCGGCCUUUAGUUUCGAAAAACAUGCCGAAACAGAAGGAUUUGGCAAGAUGGCAAGGCGUAUGGGAUUCUCCGUGGUGGGUCUUCCUCAUUACACGAUCUGGCAUCUGUACGAGCCCAGCGUGGACGACCUCAAGCACAUGGAAGAGAUGGAGAAAGAACGCAGAGCCCGCGAGGCGGAAGAAAAGGCGGAAGCUGAGCGCGCACAGCGGACGGAAACAUACUUCAAGGAUCCCAAGGUCGAGUCGGAAAUCGACAACGCAUUCGUCCGUGACUCUGUGGAGGAAGAAGAGAAGGCCAAAGACGCAACGCCGGAGAAAUCGGACUCAACGCCAGAGAAAGCGGACUCGAAGACAGGGAAAGGGAAGUACAUGCUUGACGACAAACACGACAAGAAACCCCAACCUAAGGAUGACAAAGUUAAGGGCGAUGCUGAUGUCGAUACGAAGACGGAAAAAUAA